AUGUUCGGAGAGCCCCGGUCUGGCAGCAAUGUUCGGAAGGAUGUUAUUCAGCUGGAAAAAGUGGCCAGAGGAUUCAUGAAGGGACUGGGCAAACGGCAUCGCAAAGUUCUUCGCGAUAAUAUCCAAGGCAUCACCAAACCAGCUAUCCGCCGCCUGGCUCGGCGUGGCGGUGUCAAGCGAAUCUCGGGUCUCAUCUACGAGGAGACCCGUGGGGUGCUGAAGGUUUUCUUGGAGAAUGUGAUCAGAGAUGCGGUCACCUACACCGAGCACGCCAAUCGUAAGACGGUCACUGCCAUGGAUGUGGUGUACGCUCUGAAACGCCAGGGCCGCACUCUGUAUGGCUUCGGCGGAUAAAUAAUUCUUCCGUUUAUCCAAUCGACAAAACAAAGGCUAUUUUAAGAGCCACCCACCAUUUCACUGAGGGAGCAGUGACCGGGAACAUGACAGCAUUAUGUACUGAAUGAACUUUU